GAGUUCUUGGAAACAACAAUUACUACAACAGAACCCAUUGCCUAAAAAUACACCGUGAAUGAUGAGUCAGGGGAAUAGCCGUGAGGAAUUGGUCAUUUCGGAGGACCCCAACCAUCCAGCAAACUUAAUCUGCAGUCUAUGCAAAAACUUCUACAGCCUAGGCUGGGUAACCGGCACAGGCGGCGGCAUCUCCAUCCGCCACGAAUCCCACGUCUACCUCGCCCCCUCGGGAGUCCAAAAGGAGCGCAUAAACGCCCGGGACAUAUUCGUAAUGGACUUUCCCACAAAAACCUAUCUCCGACGUCCCCCCUCUCUCAAGCCCUCAGCCUGCACACCGCUAUUCAUGGCGUCGUUUACCAAGCGCAAUGCGGGAGCGUGCAUACAUACGCACUCGCAGGCCGCCGUGAUGUGCACACUGUUGUCGAAGGGAAGUACAUGGUCGAUUGCAAACGUCGAACAGAUCAAGGCUAUACCGAGGCCGUCAACGGGAGGGUAUUAUGGGUUUUUUGAUAAGUUGGUUAUUCCGAUUAUUGAGAAUACUGCGCACGAGGAGGACUUGACAGAAAGGCUCGGAAAAGCUAUCGACGAGUACCCGGAUACUUGCGCAGUCUUGGUUAGGAGGCAUGGAGUCUACGUCUGGGGCGAUACCGUCUGGAAAGCGAAGACUCAGGCAGAAAGCUUGGACUAUCUCUUCCAACUAGCCGUAGAAAUGGUCAAGUUGGGAAUGGACCCGGCGGGACCGAUCACGGUCGCUGAAUAGAAUUCCAAUUUAGAGGAUCAGUUGGGAAUACGAGUGAGCGCGGAGGAAGGGUGAUGGCGACAAUAGAAGGAAGGGUAGCUAGGAAGCAGCAAGCAUGCUUGACUACAA